CCGAUAAUUUAGUAAACACACGUGAGAGUGCUGACAGACAACUAUUUUUUUGAUUUCCAGGAUGUCAUCAGAGGAAGAGAUGAGUGACAGCGGUGAAGACAGUGAUGUGAGUGCCACUGUUGAAGAUAGUGAUGUGGAUAACAGUGAGGCAGAGAUGGACUCAGUAGGAGAGGAGGAGGAAGAAGAGGAACAGGCUGAGAUAACAACAGGAAAAAUAGAGCAUGACUCAAGAAAAAGGUUUUUGGAGCCUUCCAUUGACUUGCCUGAGGGUGUGCCAGCUAGUAAGGUGUCUCGAAACAACAAAGGAGAUCUUUACAGGCCGCCCACUAAUGAGGAAUUGAAUGAGCUAAAAGAAACAGAAAACCUCUUCCACUCCACCCUUUUCAGGCUACAGAUUACUGAAUUACUUGCUGAGGUGAUCAUGAAGGAAAAGAGGCGAAAACGCAUUGAGGAAGCUGUGGAAUUCCUGAAAACUGCUUUAUUGAAUUUGAAGCCAGGAAAGAAGUAUGAGCUAACUGAUAGAAAGCUGCUAACGAAACUGGGUGUGCCUGUUCCCAUGGAGAUGGAGCCAGAGAGCGACAAGGGACGCUUCCAGUUUCAGCCUCCCAGCAGCGUUAAUGUGACGGGUAGUUUCUCCGCUAAGAUUUGUGCAAAACCUGCUGUCAGUGUUGACCUGGUGCUCAGUAUGCCUAAGGAGUGUUUUGAUGGGAUGGACCACUUAAAUCAGCGCUAUCUUCGAAAACGGGCUAUAUAUUUAGCUAUAGUUGCCAAGGCGCUGAGACAAAAACCUGAGGUCACAGAUGUCAAGGUUUCUUAUCACAAUGGAAACAGUAUCAAACCAAAACUUGUGGUAGAUGUUAAAGUCGGGGACCACAGACCAGUGACUGUUCACUUGUACGCUGUGCCCGAGACAGGGACAUUCAAGCUCUCAAGAUUUCAGCUGGAGAAAAACAAUGUUCGGGCCAGUUGGUGGGAGGGGCAGGAUGGAACAGGUGCGUUGCAAUAUGCAUCAGAGUUGCCCACUCCAUUCUACAACACCAGCAUUCUAGAAGACAUCUCCAUGACAACAGAAGUUCCUGGUCUGGAAAAGAUUUCCGGAUCACAGGGGUUGAGAGAAGGGAUUAUUCUGCUGAAAGUAUGGCUUUCACAGAGGGGAUUGAAUAAGGGCUAUGGGUCAUUCAGCAAUCAUGUGAUGAUGAUGUAUGUACUGUACCUGCUGAACCAACGCAAACUAAACACAUUGAUGAGUAGCUACCAAGUGUUCCGUAACACACUCCUUAAGUUCAGUGAGAGUAGCUGGACAGACACUGGUAUCAGCCUGUGUACAGGGAGCCAGGACAGUAACUCCCCGCUCGUUGUCGACUUUCACCGCCACUUUGACGUCGUGUUUGUGGACCACUCAGGCUAUCUCAACCUCGCAUACACCAUGGACAGAUCUGUCUUCAAUAGGGUGAAGCAUGAAGCAUCGCAGGCAAUUGCUGUCCUGGAGGACAGACACACAGAUAGUUUUGACAAGCUGUUCAUGAAGAAAGUGCCCUUCCAUUUUACCUUUGACCAUAUUUUACACAUUGAUAUGAGCAGUGAUCUUGACCAGAUGGUGCGCAAGUUGAAGGUGGAGAGCCGAGUGGCCGACCACGGGGGUAGCAGGCUACUAGCAUGCAGGUCUGCCAUCUUGGUGCUAAUGGAAAAGGCGCUUGGUCAGAGGGUCUUGCUUAUACAGGCCUGUCCACGUGUACCUCCAGAGUGGGAUGUCACUGAGCCACCGCCUCCUGAGGACGAGGCUUCUCGGCUGACGGUGGGGCUGACCCUAGACCCUGAGUUUGCCUUCAGUGUGCUGGAUAAAGGACCCCCAGCUGAUUCACCUGAGGCUGUAGAGUUCCGUGAGUUCUGGGGUAGCGUGUGUGAACUGCGUCGGUUCCAGGAUGGGGCAAUAUGUGAGGCCGUGUUAUGGAUGCAGAAGGCCCCGGUGUGUGACAGGCAGCUUGUGUGUGCCAACAUCAUCAAACAUGUGCUCAACAGACAUGCUGGUAUUCCUGCCAAUUGUGUCCAGUACAUCGGUGGUCAGUUGAAUAGCAUGCUGUGCCUGCCAGUCACUAUGUCCAAUGAGCCUAACACUUUGCCCUUUGGCACCGGGGAUGAACAGAGUGCUGACCUGAUGAAGGCGUAUGACGAUGUUUGCAAGAAACUGCGGCAGCUUACAGACCUGCCUCUCACAAUUAAUUCAGUGCAAGGAGUGUCUCCAUGUUUCAGAUUUACAGAGGUGUUUCCACCAUUGCCAUGCACAUUUCGGCACACGGAGGAGCGUUCCCUGGAGCAUGGGAUGAAGAGGUAUGUCCCUACACCAGACAAACCGUGCCCGCUAUACACACACAUACUGAAAGUGGUUUGCACGCUCGAGGGCAGUGGUAAGUGGCCGGAUGAUCUGGUGGCUAUGAAACGACUCAAGGCGGCCUUCCACCUCCAGCUUGGGGACGCCAUACACACAACAUUCAAUCUGCCAACACGUCCAAGUGUCAACUAUGUUGAUAUUCUUAAGGACAACUACGUAUUUCGCCUGGUGUUGGCGUACACUCGUGAAAUCUCCCUGCUGAAGAGUGUGUACUCGUCAGACGGGAAGUUAAUGAAGCGUGACACAGAAGAGGCCUUGAAGCUGGAACGAGAAACUAUUGCCCUCCCCCGUCUCACCAGCAUACUGCACGGGUUGCAGCAGCAGCACCCUUCAUUCAGCACUACAGUACGCUUUGCGAAGCGCUGGGUGUGUGGGCACAUGCUGGGGGACCACAUCCAUCCGAUGGCCCUGGAGCUGGUUGUUGCCUCCCUUUACCUAUCUCCUGCCCCCUACACACCACCCAGAUCUGGUUUGGUAGGGUUUCUGAGGUUCCUGGAUUUUCUCACUACAUUUGACUGGAAGUCCAGCCCUCUGCUUGUCAACCUGAACAAUGAAUUCACUGAUGCUGACCUAAGUGAAAUCCCAACAAAAUUCUCGAAGGAGCGUUCUAACCUGCCCCUGAUGUUCAUCUCCACCCCACUAGACCCAUACAGUCAACACUGGACGAAGGAAGUCCCUAGUGCAGCCGUACUUACCAGGCUGGUUCUCCUAGCGGCAAAGUCACUCGCUGUUCUGCAGCGGGAUCUCAUGCAGAUGGAAAAACAAGACCUUACGGUUGUGUUCAGACCAUCCCUGGCCAUCUUUAAUCUGGUUAUUCACCUCAAUGAGAAGCAGUUGCCACGUCGACUGGAAUGCCUUGAUGUUGCCAUGGAGAGUGACCGGGUUGGGUAUGGGAAAGCCUCGGACAAGGAACGGUUCCCAGUCACUGACUUUGACCCUGCACAGAUCUUUUUGAAUGAAUUAAAGUCAACAUUUGGUGAUGUAGCCUUGUUUUUCCAUGACCAAUAUGGAGGGAAAGUUAUUGGAGUUGUCUGGAAACCAAAGACUGAACAGCCUAAACAGUUCAAGGUGUCCCAUGUAAACCACAGUAGGCCGGAGAGCUGUGAGGGAGACCAGUUCCUACUGGCCCUGAAUAUUGAAGGUGUCAUAGAAGAUAUCAAACUGAUGGGGAGAGGUCUGGUCACGGCCAUUGAAAUCAAUCACACAAAGACAAGCUGAUGCUUGUGUAGAUUUUACCUAAGAUUUGCUUUGUUCUUCAAAUAAAGGGACUUUCGUAAGGCAGAA